AUGGGGAACUGUCAAACUUGUUUGAAUAAUGAACCAGAGCAGAUUGAGAUAGUUGCUAACAAUCCAACUGUGGAAGACAUGUCUUUGAUGCAGGAACAAUCUCCUUUGCUAGUGUUGGAUGUGAGAACAUGGCAAAAGGAGUCCUAUAGUCUUUAUGACUAUGAAAAUAGCUAGUUCAUUCAUUGCCAAUAAAUAUCCGUUAACGGGAAUAGCUAUUUGACUUGCAAGGCAAACAAGGUUUUGUACAAUGAGGGGUCUUAUUAGAAUAAUAAGUAUAGAUGAGGAUGAUUAUUAUUAUGAUAGUGAGAAUAAUGAUGAGGCGCUCUUGUUGCCUCUGGAAUUCGAGAAUGAACGGUUCUAAUUACUGAAUCUACGCUUCCCUCGACGCAUAUAGAGCAAGGAGUUGAUCGACGAGUACUAAAAGGAGGUAAAUCAUCAAUGAUUAUUAUUCUACAGGAUGGGGAUAAACUUUUAUCAGAAAAUCAGACUGUCCACGCUGAUUUCUAAAUGAGUUUUAAUAUCCAGAAGUUACGCACCAAUACGAAUAGGUAGAUGGAAUGUGAUUUGAAGAAAGGUUCCAAAAUCUGGUUGGUCACCAGAUCUAUAUAAAAUAAUAGUUCGAACGAAGGAAUAAUCCUGAAAGUAGGAGAUGUGAUCAAAUUAGGAAGAGUUAAACUAGUCAUCAAGGCUAUUCAACUCCAGAAUACUGAUCUUUCGGGUACUCCUGAUGACAUCUCUAUGAGUUCAGUUGAGGAUAAGAAUGAGGAUACAAAGUAAUGUCGGGUCUGUUUGUCCACAGGUGAAACAUUCGCCAACCCUCUGAUUGAUCCAUGCAAGUGUUGCGGAGGCACUAAGUACAUCCACAUCAAGUGUUUGUUAAAAUGGUAUUCUAUUCAAUCUAAUCAUAAGGAUAUGGUAAAGUUCUCAUUUCAAUAGUAAUGCCUAUUGCACUAGACUCAUUUGGAAGUCUCUGGAAUGUGAAAUAUGCAAAUAUUAGUUUUCUCCGGUCUUUGAGAGAGAAGGCAGAACUUACAAUCUCGUUGAAUUGAGCAAACCCAAAUAGCCUUACGUCAUGAUGGAAUUUCAUCAGAAGAAACAACAUGAUAAUGCUUCACAUAAUGAUAGAAAUGGUGUAUAUAUCAUCAAUUUUGGUACCAAGAAGGAAUUGAGAAUUGGCAGAAACCAUGAAGUUGAAAUCAGCAUAGCUGACAUCAGUGUUAGUCGUGAACAUGCACAACUCAAAUUAAUAGACGAUAAGAUUGUCUUAUCUGAUAAGAAAUCUAAAUUUGGCACUCUAGUUUUAUUAUAGAAGAACAUCACUCUCUCACCUCAAUUAUCAGGUCUGGAGAUACAAAUCAAAAGAACUUUAAUAAAAAUUAAUAAUAACUAAAAUACUCCUUCAAAUUAAUAAUUGGCAGACUUUGAAUAGCUUUUAGGAAGAAUCGAUUGA